GAGGGUCAGUGGCUGUGAUGAACCUUGUCCCUACCCCAAGCACUGGGUCACUGAUCCAGCUAUGGAGAGAGCUGCAGAUCUGCAGGACACAGCCUUGUUAACUCUGAAGUUUAAGUUUAACCCAAAGCUGGGAAUUGAUAAUCCUGUCCUCUCCCUGGCCGAAGACCGUGACCCCUCUGAUCCCUGGAGCCUGGAGCGGCCUCGAUUCUGUUUGCUGAGCAAAGAGGAGGGCAAGAGUUUUGGCUUCCACCUACGGCAGGAGCUGGGCAGGGCUGGGCAUGUGGUGUGCAGGGUGGACCCAGGCACCUCUGCUCAGCGCCAGGGUCUCCAAGAAGGAGACAGGAUCCUGGGGGUGAACAACCAUGCUGUGGAACAUGAAGACUAUGCGUUGGUGGUACGCCGCAUCCGGGCCAGCAGUCCUCGGGUGUUGCUGACAGUCUUGGCUCGGCAUGUACAUGAUGUGGCCCGAGCUCAGCUGGGAGAAGAUGCCCACCUCUGUCCCACCCUAGGCCCGGGGGUCCGGCCCCGGCUGUGCCACAUAGUGAAAGAUGAGGGUGGUUUUGGCUUCAGUGUCACCCAUGGCAAUCAGGGUCCUUUCUGGUUGGUGCUAAGCACUGGAGGAGCAGCUGAGAGGGCAGGGGUCCCCCCUGGGGCCCGGCUGCUGGAAGUCAAUGGGGUCAGUGUGGAGAAGUUCACUCACAACCAACUCACCAGGAAGCUUUGGCAGAGUGGACAGCAGGUGACCUUGCUGGUGGCAGGGCCAGAGGUGGAGGAACAGUGUCGCCAGCUGGGAUUGCCCCUGGCUGCACCCCUGGCAGAGGGCUGGGCACUGCCCACCAAGCCCCGAUGUCUGCACCUGCAGAAAGGGCCCCGGGGUUUUGGGUUCCUGCUCCGGGAGGAAAAGGGCCUUGAUGGUCGCCCUGGACAGUUCCUGUGGGAUGUAGACCCAGGACUGCCAGCUGAGAAGGCUGGGAUGCAGGCUGGGGACCGGCUGGUGGCUGUGGCUGGGGAGAGCGUGGAGGGACUGGGCCAUGAGGAGACAGUGUCCAGGAUCCAGGCGCAGGGCUCCUGUGUCUCCCUCAUUGUCGUCGACCCUGAUGCUGACCGCUUCUUCAGCAUGGUUCGCCUAUCCCCACUCCUCUUCUUGGAGAACACAGAGGUUACCGCCUCUCCCCAGGGCAGUGGCUCAGCCUCUCUGGUUGAGACAGAGGACCCUUCACUUGAAGACACAGGCGUGCCUUCCGUCCCUCUUGGCUCCCGCCAGUGCUCUCUGUACCCUGGGCCUGGUGGCGGCUAUGGCUUCCGACUCAGCUGUGUGGAGGGUGGGCCUCGUCUCUUCAUCUCACAGGUGACUCAUGCCCCAUGGACCCUGAAUCCUUUCCAUCCUUUGCUGCCUGAUCAGUUUCCUCUGCUUUCCUUCCAGAGCCUUAAGCCAGCAAAUUUUCCCUGGUCUCCCCUGUUCUGCAUGCCCCCACACCACCAGGUGACUCCAGGAGGCUCAGCUGCCCGGGCGGGGCUGCGAGUGGGAGAUGUGAUUCUGGAAGUGAACGGGUACCCUGUUGGGGGAAAGAAUGACCUGGAGAGGCUUCAGCAGCUGCCUGAGGCUGAGCCACCCCUCUGCCUGAAGCUGGCAGCCAGGUCUCCAUGGGGCUUGGAAGCCUGGAUUCCCCCUGGGGCUGUAGAGGACUGGGCUCUGGCCUCGGACCUGCUAUAGAGCAUCACUGCUUGGUACAGACAUACCAGGGGAUAUCCUGUCUUCACUCUCAAGCCCAAGGUGUUGGAGGCAGGAUGCUCUCUAUAAGCCAGACACCACCAAUCACAGGCUGGCCCAGGCACUCCCUCCCUUCCUGCAGACCCACCUCCCAGCAGAGGGUAUGGCAGAAGGCCUCAGGCAGGUCCCUGACGAAGUCUGAGGCUCCAGAGGAUGUCGUCUGGGAGCUUUGGAGAGCUGUGUCCCAAGGAUGAAGGUGUGGCUGUGGGGCUGGCUAGGACUGAAACCACCUGGACCUUUUCUAGAUAGGACUCCACGACCCUUGAGUGUAAUGCAAGAAUUUGGAGACCAGCUAUGCCUGCCCUCUGUGGGCACCUUAACACUGCGGAGGGUGGUGCCUGGGCACCGUUGCACUUGUUAGAGAAAUGGCCGUUCCCCAUAAAUCUGACUGCCUGUGUUUGUGUUGGUGGGGGUAAGGGGCAGUGGUCUGAAGGGACCCAAAGGACCUCAGGCUCAAGGGAUGGGACCUGGCUUUUGCAGGAGAGAGGUUGCGACUUGAUCAAAUUUCUUUCCUGUCACUCAGUCUCGGAUUAAUGGAUCAACCCAGAACUGAGGUGUCCCCAUGAGAGCCCCAUGAGAGCCAUUCCUAAAAAUAAAAGCAACAACAAAACAAAACAAAGAAGAAAAAUAAAUUAAAAAAUAAUAAAAAAGAUCCAUUCCUCUCUGCCAAAAGACCACCGCCCACAGCUCUGCUGAGUUCUGCAUCAAGAUGCUUUAUUGCUGGGGCCUCAGAGAGCCUGAGAGACUAGAGGCUGGAGGCCUCAAAGAUCCAGGGGGUGAGUCCGAACUGGCAUAGCUGCUCCUUGAGCCUGGGGUCUCAGCGCAGCCCCAUCCCACUGCGGCUUGAUAGCUCUCAGCAUGGCCAAGAGCCUGUCCAGGCUGUCCUGCAGACACCAAGAUUUCAGCCCCCAGGAAGACAGAGGGAAGUGGAUAAGGCUGCCCCAGGUUGGUUUGUAAGCUUUCCUUGUCCAGCAGACAUGGUUGUAUCCCUUCUUUCCGUCCUCAGGAUAGAGCAGGGUUCCCUUGGAGAUGCUUCUUCUCCUUACCCCUGGGUUGUCAGUCAUCAUACUAG